AUGCUGAACUCUGGGCAGCCAGAUCGUGUCCGUCGUGUCUCGCGCAACGCCAUGUCGCCACGACCACGCAGCCGCAACCAUACACUCAUGAACAAUCCGCCACCCCCGGCUGUCCAUAUACGAACGCAUGACAUGAUUUCGCCGGAUGAACGGCGUUUCCUUGAAGCGGCCGAGCGAGGAGACAAACCCUCAAUUAUGGCGUGUCUGGCGACGAAAGACCCAGAAUUAAACGUGAACGUUCUGGAUUCGAUGGGCCGAUCAGCCAUCGAAAUAGCCGUCGACAACGAGAAUAUCGAAAUUGUCGAAUUGUUACUGCAACAAUCGACAAUUAGAGUGGGCAAUGCCCUCUUGUGUGCCAUCAGAGAAGGUGUGUAUCGUCUCGUGGAAAUGCUUGUCAAUCAUCAUUCCAUUAAUAAGGAAAUGCUCGGCGAGGGAUGGACACAAUAUUUAGACCCCGGGGAAGCGGCUUCUGCUGAAUAUUCGAGUGAUAUCUCCCCUAUGCCACAUAAGUAUAAUUGCAUUUGCGAAAGUUGUGAUAGGGAGCGGCUGAACGACUCGCUACAGUAUUCCCUUAAACGGAUAAAUACCUAUCGAGCGCUGGCGAGUCCGGCUUGGAUGAGUUUGACGAGCCCUGACCCGAUUUUUUCGGCAUUUCGCCUGAGCUGGGAGCUGCAGCAAUUGAGCCAGAUUGAGCACGAGUUUAAGGAUACUUAUUUAAAGCUCUCCGAGCAGUGCAAGCAGUUCGCUUGCGAUCUUCUGAGCCAAUGCCGGAGCAGCGAAGAGGUGAUCGCCGUCCUCAACAAAGACGUCGCGAAUCACGACGAAAAUAUCGACGUCUGGGCCUCAAAACUGUCCCUGAGCCGCCUGAAAUUGGCCAUAAAAUAUCAGCAAAAAGCGUUUGUAUCCCACCCCCACUGCCAACAACUUCUCACCUCAAUUUGGUACGAGGGAUUCCCGGGGCGACAGCAAAGAGGAUCCCUCUGGAAUUGGCUGAUCUGCAUUCUACUAAUUGUUUUAUGGCCCUUAUUGGCUAUUUGUUAUAUUCUACUGCCAAAAAGUCGCAUCGGCCGCAUCGUCCGCUCGCCAUUUAUGAAAUUCCUCUAUUAUUCCAUUUCUUUUGGGUGCUUUUUAUUAUUAUUAACAUUGGCUACAUUUGAGGAUUAUCGAAGUGAACAGCUAACGGCAAAUUCCCGAGCGUCAGAUCGGGGGCCGCCGGCGACAAUAAUUGAGGCAUUGGUCGUUUGCUGGGUUUUAGGAAUGCUGUGGUCGGAGAUAAAGCAAUUAUGGGAAGAGGGAUUCUCCAAAUACGUGUAUCAAUGGUGGAAUUGGCUCGAUUUUAUCAUGAUUUGUCUCUAUUUAUGCACAAUUUCGUUACGUGUCACCGCUUAUUUAAUCUACCACAAUUCCGGGGAUCGAUUUGUUAUGAGGACAUAUUGGCAGGGGAAUGAGCCGAUGCUACUUGCUGAGGCCCUUUUUGCUGUUGGAAAUGUGUUUUCCUUUGCGAGAAUUAUUUAUUUAUUCCAAACAAACCCGUAUCUCGGGCCGUUGCAGAUUUCUCUUGGCUGUAUGCUCGUCGACGUCGCAAAAUUUUGCUUUAUUUUCGUGUUGAUAAUUAGCAGCUUUUCGAUAGGGCUGGCACAAUUAUACUGGUAUUAUCGAUUGCCGGUUUGUCUAGGGGAUGAAUGCCGAGAUGAGCCGAAUGUUUUUAGCUCAAUUUACGAUUCUUAUUUGACGCUUUUGUGGUCUGUAUUUUCGAUUACAAAGGUAGAGGACACUACCGUAGUCGAAGAUCACCAUCUGACCCAACUAUUCGGUCGUGCCCUAUUUAUCACCUACCAUAUGACAUCAAUUGUCGUUCUAUUAAACAUGCUCAUCGCCAUGAUGUCCCACUCGUUUCAGACUAUUAAUGACCACGCUGAUUUGGAAUGGAAAUUCCAUCGUACGAAGCUUUGGAUGGCUCAUUUUGAUGAGGGAUCGUCACUUCCGCCCCCAUUUAAUAUUGUCGUUACUCCAAAGGCGGUCCUCUAUUUCCUAUGCUCCGCCUGGAAUACCGUACGCUGGCUGUGCGGCAAUUAUCAAUAUACAAAAAGCAGGAGUCGAGCGACUAUCAGGAGACCCGGCUAUUCAAGGCGGCAAAAUGCGAAGGAUUCGAAGAAAGAGUGCCUGGAUAUUGAUAAACCGUUGACGUAUGCGGAUAUAAUACAACGAUUGGUCGCUAGAUUUAUCCAUCAAACUAAAAAAGAUAUGAAAAUGGACGGCGUGAAUGAGGAUGAUUUGCUGGAAAUUAAGCAGGAUAUUUCAUCGCUAAGAUACGAACUGCGCGACGAUCGACGCCGUGAAAUCGUUCGCUCCUCCUCCCAUAUUGAUGCCGUCAAAAGGGAUAUUAUGAGAACAAUGAGCAGCACCACACGACCCGGUCUCCGUAUCCCCAGCCCAGAUCUUCGGCUUUCCAAAAAGCUCCAUUUUGACAAAACACAGAUGUGGCCUCGCAGUUUCCGGCAUCGAAAGCCGAAAAAUUCGGUGACCGAAGAGGGAGAUGGAUUCAGUGAUGAAGAUGGAACGAACGAUAGUAAUUCUCUGCUAUUCACACCAUCUGGAAAGGAAACGUUUACCCUGCCAGAGAUUACGAAAACAGAUCCCGAGCUGGCCCUGGAUGCGGUUCAGCGUAUCCGCACGGAUUUGAACGCAAAACUGGAUCAACUAAUUGCCCAAAUGACGCCAACGGCCAGCGACAAUGUGAUGCCCCGCGUUGAUCAGAAGAAUCGGGAAGCCAACAUGAUGCGCAAGUACCACGUGACGAAACGCGAUCACCACGCCGUGUACAACCGCUUGGCGGAAAACGUACGGACCAUCGCGUCGGAGCUGAAAGAUUUGCUGCAGGAACCGGAGCUGCUCGCCAAGCUUUAUUCACACGGAUUGAUUGCUGCUGCUGAUACAAACGGAAGUGCCCGCCUUCAAGACGUGCGACGUGCUGAUGACGCAGCGCUGAGGGAACCUCUGGUGCCUGUCGUUCGAGAAGAGGCGUCGCCACCUCUACAUCUACCGCAUCUACAACGACUACGACGGCUGCACGCGACGGUCCAGUUUGAAUGUUUUAGAGUUCGCCGGAUGCGGAUGCGCGACAAGUCGAGAACGAGGGCAAGCCCGGCUCCACUUCCAAAUCUCCACAUUUUUGCGGUCGUACGGUAUAAGGCGAAUGAAGGUGGCGUCAUCGUGGCUGAGGUGAUGGUGAAGGCGGAAGAAUGUGGCACUGGCACCAUCUGGGAAAGAUGUGGCAAGCUACCAAGCCGACGA